CGUUUGGCCCAAGAAAAUGAGCCCACGACUCGAAAAUGACAAGACCCAAACUCACCCAGCCAGCUAAUGCCACUCACGAUAUGCCCACCUGAGUCGACUCAAUUUCUUCUUGCGAAUCGGACUGGACGGUUGUGUUGUUUGUAGUUGGCUAAACUAUCCAUCAAAUUCCCCCAAUCCCUUCUUUCUCAUUUCUCUUAGCUUUCUGUUCCUCUUGAGAGAAAGAAAAUAUAAAACAAGAACUUCCUUUAUAAAAAAUUUUCUCGGGAAGGAAAAUAAAACCAUAAGCUUUCUCUCAGUCCAAACACAAACCAUAACAAGAAAAUGUCUCAUAUAAUGUUCCAAAUCUCUCCACUUCCCAAAACAUUGUUCUUAAAACCGAGUCUGCCGCCUCCGACUCAUUCUUUGUCCUGUAAGCUUAGGAAGACUCUGACAGUGAGAUGUUCGUCUUCUUCUUUAAUCGACGGUGGAGAUUCCUCCGUUGCUGCUCUCGAGCGCUGUUUCUCGGCACCACCGGCGCCAGUGGAGUCUGGUUCUUCAGGUUCGGUUGAGGUGGGACCGGUUAUGAAAGUGGGACCGGGGAAAGGAGCAAAAUACGGUGCGUUUGGUGCGGUUACCUUGGAGAAAGCGAAGCUUGAUUUGUCUCAGAAACAGUCCACGCCGUCUAGCCCUGAGCUUGCAACUGGGGGAGGUGGUGGAGAUAUUGGAAAGAAAAUUAAUCAUGGAGGUGGGGAUGGAGGUGAUGAUGAUGGAGAUGAUGAUGAUUAUUUCGAUGACUUUGAUGAAGAUGGGGAGGGAGAAGAGGGCGGACUAUUUAGAAGGCGGAUGUUUCUUGAAGAGCUUUUUGAUCGAAAAUUUGUUGAUGCCGUAUUGAAUGAGUGGCACAAGACGAUGAUGGACCUGCCUGCUGGCUUCCGGCAAGCUUAUGAAAUGGGAUUGGUCAGUUCGGCGCAAAUGGUAAAAUUCUUAGCAAUUAAUGCCAGACCAACUGCUAGUAGACUUAUUUCUCGAACACUUCCUCAAGGAAUGUCACGGGCAUUUAUUGGCAGGAUGCUUGCAGAUCCUGCCUUUUUAUACAGACUUCUUUUAGAGGAGGUUGCUGCUAUUGGCUCUUCUGUUUGGUGGGAGUUGAAGAAUCGAAAGGAUAGGAUUAAGCAAGAAUGGGAUCUGGCACUUAUGAAUGUGCUUACAGUAGCAGCAUGCAAUGCUCUUGUAGUUUGGUCUCUUGCUCCAUGUCGUUCAUAUGGCAACACCUUCCGGUUUGACUUGCAAAACACGUUGCAGAAGCUUCCGAACAAUAUAUUUGAACGGAGUUACCCACUGAGAGAAUUUGACUUGCAAAAGAGAAUCCAUUCUCUUUUCUACAAGGCUGCAGAGUUGUGUAUUGUUGGAUUAACUGCUGGGGCAGUGCAAGGUUCUUUGUCAAAUUUUUUGGCCAGCAAAAAGAAGGAAAAGUUUUCUGUGACAAUUCCAUCCGUGAGUACCAAUGCACUUGGUUAUGGUGCUUUCCUCGGACUCUAUGCAAACCUUAGAUAUCAGCUUUUGUGUGGGUUUGAUCAAGCAAUGGUCAACCAUUUUGAUGUCAUUGGUGUAGCAUUGUUCUUCAGCACAGCUUUAAGGGUUUUGAAUGUUCAAUUAGGAGAGAGAUCAAGGCUGGCUUGGCUAGGUGUUGAGGUGGAUCCACUGGUUCAGUCAGAUAACCUCUUGAAGGCUUACAACACACCUUCUGAGGGUGGGAGUAGGUCAUCUUCUAAGUGGCUUAUAUCCAAGAAUGCCAUUGUUUCUGGUCUUGGACUUCUUGGCAUCAAACAAGGAAACGUCGAAUCUGCCGCAGAUGGGCCAAAGGCCAGGAGAAAGAGGAUUGUCCGGAAGAAGGUAACUGCAAGAUCUGCAUAGAUAGUUGACAAAUGACCUUUGCUGUCCAAUUUUGCUGCUUGACUGAGAGAUUAUUCAAUACAAAAGAACCACAACAAGGUGUGGAUUUGUUAUGGUUCCUGUCAAGUGCUGAUUACUGUCUAAAGAAAAUCCACAUGGCACCAGCACUAACUGUAAAAUGAAGAUUAUUUUGGUGAAGAGUUCUUGACUGCUUCUCAUUUCGAUUUGCUGUUAAAUAUUUGUUAUAUUCAAUGAAGUGUUACACUGCAAGUUGAGUCGUUUGAUUUCUUUUGCACCCGAAAUAAAUUGGAAGGUAUGUUUUUGGCAGA